AUCAUUCGCUUUUCGAUGUGGUAUCCAAUCCUGAGUUUCUCCGUGAAGGAGUAGCAGUAGAAGACUUCAUGAAACCAGACAGGGUAGUAGUAGGUACUUCAUCUGAUAAGGCAAAAAAAGUGAUGACAGCACUUUACGAACCAUUUGUACGUCAAGGCAAUCCCAUUAUUUUUAUGGAUGAGCGCAGUGCAGAGAUGACCAAAUAUGCCGCUAAUUCUUAUUUAGCAACUAGGAUCAGCUUUAUGAAUGAAAUAGCCAACCUUUGUGAGCGUCUCGGUGCUGAUGUCGAUAUGGUACGAAAAGGUAUGGGAUCAGAUAGCCGUAUUGGCAAAAGAUUUUUGUUUCCUGGUGUAGGUUACGGUGGAUCUUGUUUCCCGAAAGAUGUGCAAGCACUCGCCAAAUCAGCCCAAGAAAAUGAAUAUGAUUUCAAGAUUCUGAAAGCUGUAAUGCAUGUCAAUGAUUUACAAAAGGAAAUCCUUUCUUCCAAGAUAUCGCAAUAUUUUAACGACGACUUAUCUGGUAAAACGAUAGGCGUUUGGGGAUUGGCUUUCAAACCAAAUACUGACGACAUCCGCGAAGCACCUGCAUUAACCAUCAUAGCUAGAUUGCUCCAUAAAGGUGCCAAAGUAAAAGCUUACGAUCCAGAAGCCAUGGAAAACGUGAAACAAAUAUUCGGUGAUAAAAUCGAAUUUUCAGCUAAUGAAUAUGAUGCCAUUCAAGGCGUAGAUGCAUUGGCAAUCGUCACAGAGUGGAAUGAAUUCCGUACACCAGAUUUUGACAAGAUGAAACAAAUCAUGAAUGCACCAGUCAUCUUUGACGGAAGGAAUAUUUAUGAUGUGCAAGUGACUAGAGAUUUAGGUGACAUAGGUGACGAGGCUUUUGUUAGUGAAGUAUUUACCAAGUAUGGUAUAACUCAUGUUGUACAUCUUGCGGCAGAAUCCCAUGUGGAUAGAUCUAUCAAAGAUCCUCUUGUAUUUAUCAAAACCAAUGUAUUGGGUACGGCAAAUCUACUACAAGUAGCCAAAAAUCAUUGGCAUGGAAAUUAUGAAGGUAAGUUGUUUUACCAUGUAUCUACAGAUGAAGUAUAUGGAUCGCUCAAUAUGGGUUUUGACUUAUUCACAGAAAAAACACCUUAUGAUCCAAGGUCGCCAUAUUCAGCAUCUAAGGCAAGUUCAGAUCAUUUUGUCAGAGCAUUUUACCAUACUUACCACAUGCCUGUGGUGAUUUCUAAUUGCAGCAACAACUAUGGUCCAAACCAUUUUCCAGAGAAGUUGAUUCCCCUAUUUAUAAACAACAUCAUUCAGAAGAAACCACUUCCCGUCUAUGGCAAAGGUGAGAAUGUGAGAGAUUGGUUAUAUGUAGAAGAUCACGCAAGAGCAAUAGAUACCAUCUUGCAUAAAGGCAAACAUGGUGAGACCUAUAAUAUUGGUGGACAUAAUGAAUGGACCAAUAUUGAUUUGAUCAAGUUGCUUUGUGAUACUAUGGAUAAAAAACUUGGCAGAAGCGUAGGGGAGAGCCGCAAUCUUAUAUCGUAUGUAACUGAUCGAGCAGGUCAUGAUCUUAGAUAUGCUAUAGAUGCAUCCAAAAUAGAAGUUGAACUCGAUUGGGUACCUGUAGAAACUUUUGAAUCUGGAAUCGAUAAAACCAUAGAUUGGUACCUGAAUAAUCAAGAGUGGCUAGAGCAUGUCACAACUGGUGCGUAUCAAGAAUAUUAUCAGAAGAUGUAUCAGGAG